AUGAAACGAACCAAUGAAGGGGAUUUCAAACACAAGGACGAACAUGACCUGAAUCAUCAUCAACAAGAAUCAUCAUCAUCAUCGGCCAUGGUUGAUGAAGAACCUACUCAAGGUUCAUCAUCCGAAGUCAUCAACACAAACGUUCAAGUUUUUCCAACCAUUUCCUAUCGAGAAAAAAAGAAAGCCUCUUCCAAAGAGCAAUAUUCACGAUUUCCGGUUCGUGUAAGAGCUCACUGCAAUCCAUUGAGUGAUGAAUUUUUUGAUUAUCCUAAACGCCCUAGUGAUGUGAAUUGGCAAGAAAUGUACCCAAAGAUGAAGAUUGAAACGGAGAAGGUUCAAAUUUUGGAUGUCGGAUGUGCCUAUGGAGGAUUAAUCACCUCUAUUGCUCCAGUAUUUCCAAAAACCUAUAUUUUAGGAGUUGAAAUUAGAAAGAAAGUUGCCGAGUUUACUCAACAACGAAUUUUGGCACUUCGAGAAGGAAAGGCACUCGAUGAAACACCCCAAGAUAAAGCGAAAGUUGAGACUGGUCACGAUUUUCACAAUGUUUGGGCAAUACGAUCUAAUGCAAUGAAAUUCCUUCCAAACUACUUUAAGAAAGGACAAUUGAAAAAGAUAUUGUUCAUGUUUCCAGAUCCACAUUUCAAGAAGAAGAAUCAUAGAAGAAGAAUUGUGAGUCCAUCUCUCAUUCCAGAAUAUUCUUAUCUUUUAGAAGUUGGAGGAUUGAUUUAUACAAUUACGGACGUACAAGAACUAGGAGAAUGGAUGGCCAAGAGUUUUGAAGAGGAGUUGGUUCCUUUGGGUGCCUUUGAAAGAGUAUCUCAAGAAGAGCUCGAUAACGAUCCACUCAUUCCAUUCAUUAUGAUCUCGAGCGAGGACGGACAGAGAACCAGCGAGCAGCAUUUGUCGAAACAUUUGGCAGUAUUCAGAAAACUCAAAUAA